CAUUUUUCUCUCUUUUUAUUCUUUGUUUCCCACCCUUUUCCUUCCCACCAAACAAGAACUUCCUAGCAUCCGUCUUUUCUUUUCUUUGGCCUCUGAACAUUUGAACCCAAAAUAGAGAUAUAUAUACUGAAUGAUAUAGCAUAUUGAGUGCUUGUAUAUUAAAUAAGGGGGUGAGGAGUCUUCUGAGUGCCAGAGAAAGAUGAGGAGCCAUGAGCAGAGGGUCUAUUUCUUCUUCUUCUUCUUGUCUUCUGUUCCUUUUGUGCUGUCUCUGUCUUCGACUCAGAAAGAAAUCAUGGAGAAGCUAUCUCGGAGCGUCUCAGUGUGGGGAAAUGAAAAGGAGCCAAACCCAUGUGCAUGGAAGGGAGUUUCAUGCAGCUCCGACAACUCCUCAAUAGCCAAUCUUUCCCUCUCGGGAUUGUCUCUCUCUGACUCUAGUUUUCUGCCGCUUGUCUGUGAGAUUGUGUCUUUGGAAGCUCUUGACCUCUCCGACAACUUUUUCAGCUCUGUUCCAGAAGGGUUCAUCACUGCUUGUGGGAAGAUUGAUGGGUUGAAGCAGCUGAAUUUCAGUAGGAACAGGUUGGUCGGUUCUUUGCCUGCUUUUGAUGGCUUUGUUGGGUUAGAGUCGUUGGAUUUUUCCAGUAACAUGUUGAAUGGAACAAUUGUUUCACUGUUAGGGUCAUUGAAUGAUCUAAAAAGAUUGUACCUUACGUCCAAUAAUUUGAGUGGUAAUGUUCCCAUCAACCUUGGAAAUUCCAAGGUGUUAGAGCAUCUUAUUCUUUCCAAGAAUUCCUUCACUGGUAGUAUUCCUGAUGGGCUCCUAGAAUAUCGGAAGUUGGUUCGGAUUGAUUUGAGUGAAAAUCAACUUUCUGGGCCUUUACCCGGGAAAAUUGGAGACCUUUCCAAGCUGGAAGAGUUGAUUCUGUCUUCCAAUAAUUUGAGUGGAGAAAUCCCAAUGAACCUUUCAAAUUUCCAAAAUCUUUUGAGAUUCGCCGCGAAUCAGAACAAGUUCACAGGCAAUAUUCCAGUUGGAAUUUCAAGAUCUCUCAAGAAUUUGGAUCUUAGUUAUAAUAAAUUAGGUGGGCAAAUUCCAACUGACCUUUUGAUGCAGUCAAAUUUGCAGACAGUGGAUCUUUCUUACAAUCUGCUAGAGGGAUCAAUACCUGCAAAAAUAUCUCCAAACAUGGUUAGGUUGAGAUUGGGAAGCAAUUCACUUGAUGGUACUAUCCCAUCUGAACUUGGAACGCUACCGAAAUUGACUUACUUGGAGCUGGAAAACAAUAGCUUGUCGGGAUCCAUCCCUUCCAAGUUGGGUUCUUGCCGGAGUUUGGCGCUGUUGAAUCUGGGAAUGAAUAACUUGACUGGCAGUCUGCCUGUGGAGUUGGCUAGUCUUAGCAGUCUUCAAGUUCUUAAGCUUCAGUCCAACAAGCUGGUUGGUGAGAUUCCAUAUCAGAUUAGCCAAAUGCAAAGUUUGUCCACUCUGAAUAUUAGUGGGAAUUUGCUUAGUGGUUCAAUCCCAAUUUCAAUUUCAAGUUUGCAGAAUCUCACCAACUUGAACUUACAAGGCAACCGUCUCAGUGGUUCAAUACCUGCAACAAUUGACAGCUUGAAGAAUCUGUUAGAACUUCAGCUUGGAAGCAAUCAACUGAAUGGCCAUAUUCCAGAAAUGCCACUUAGCUUGCAGAUUGCUUUAAAUCUCAGCCACAACCUCUUCGAAGGAACUAUCCCUGAGAGUCUCUCUCGUUUGCAGGGUUUAGAAGUAUUGGAUCUCUCAAACAACAAAUUGUCAGGUGAGAUUCCAACUUCUCUGACACGAAUUGGAUCACUGACACAACUGCUACUUGCAAAUAAUCAGCUGUCUGGAGUGAUUCCGAAGUUUGGAAAAUAUGUUACCAUCAUUGAUACAACGGGUAAUCCAAGGCUAGUUAACAUAACAUUACAAAGUAACUCUCCCCAGAUAUUGCCAGGCAAGAGGAAGUCUGUUGCAGUGGCGGUGGUUAUUGCAGUUGCAGUUGCAGCUGCUUCUCUUGGUAUUGGAGUGACAGUUGUGAUUGCUGUAUCUAUCUCAAGACGAUUUUACAGGGUGAAGGAUGAACCAUUAGGAGCAACAGAAGACCUCCCACCCCCUCAGGUGGUCCAAGGAAAUCUUUUAACUGCAAAUGCUAUCCAUAGGUCAAAUAUUGACUUCACCAAAGCCAUGGAAGCUGUAGCUAGCACAUCAAACAUCUUGCUCAAGACAAGGUUUUCAACCUACUACAAAGCUGUCAUGCCUUCUGGAAGAAGUUAUUUCAUCAAGAAGAUUAACUGGAGUGACAAGAUAUUCCAAUUAGGCAGCCAUGAGAAGUUCGGUCAAGAGCUAGAGAUCUUGGGAAAGCUGAGCAAUUCGAAUGUCAUGAUGCCACUGGCCUAUGUUCUGACUGUUGAUAGUGCCUAUCUCUUCUAUGAAUAUGCCCAGAAGGGUACCCUUUUUGAUAUCCUUCAUGGCAGCUUUGGAAGUGCUCUGGAUUGGGCAAGCCGUUACAGCAUUGCAGUGGGAAUAGCUCAGGGUUUGGCUUUUCUCCAUGGACACACCUCUGGUCCGGUUCUCCUCCUUGAUCUGUCCAGCAAAAGCAUUAUGCUAAAGUCAGUGAAGGAACCUCAAAUCGGGGACAUUGAACUCUAUAAGGUGAUUGAUCCAUCCAAGAGCACUGGUAGCGUUUCUACAGUGGCUGGCUCUGUUGGCUACGUACCUCCAGAGUACGCAUACACAAUGAGGGUAACUACGGCUGGGAAUGUCUACAGUUUUGGGGUCAUUCUGCUGGAAUUGCUGACAGGAAAGCCACCCGUCAGCGAGGGAACUGAGCUAGCAAGGUGGGUGUUGAACAACACAGCACAGCGAGACAAGUGGGAUCGCAUCCUUGAUUUCAGCAUCAGCAGAACAUCACUGGCAGUUCGAAACCAGAUGCUAGCAGUCUUGAAGGUUGCUCUAGGCUGUGUUAGUGUCGUGCCUGAAACAAGGCCGAAGAUGAAAAGCGUCCUUCGAAUGCUUCUUAAUGCCAGAUAAAGCCUCUCCUCAUCAGCCAAGCAGCAUACAAAUAGGAGUUUUAUACACACAAAACAAGCAUCUGAGUUAGGGUCACUUUGUGCUGAUAUAUCAUAUGGGUUAAGCAGAGCUCCUACAACUGAAUCUCCAUAUGGAAGUAGUCAGUAUGUUCUCCUUACGUGUAUAAAAUAUAUACAGCAUCUUUGUUUUUAGGUGUGCUAAAAGGCGUAGUAGCUGGUUAAUGGCUCAAUUUCGGCGCACCAUUUCUUUCACCUCUGCAUUAUAGAGGUGGAAUAAAUAAAAGUACUUAUUUCAAAGCUAUA